AUGCACCAGACAACAAGACAAAUGACACAGCUGUCAACAAAAAUCAAAAGAAAAACCGGGCCCCACUUUGCUUUCUCUCUUUCCAAUGGAGUUCGCUUCCCGAUGAAUCACCAGCGACAACAACCGGAGCGCCGCCAUCAACAGCUCACCAAUCAUCACCACGGGGCGACCGCCAACCAUCCCCACUCACCAGAGCCAAAGCGUUCACCAAUCACAACCACACCUCCAGUCGAUGGUAAAUUUCAACAGGCAACCUACAGAUCAAGCGCUUCCGGCCAACCCCAGGCCACCAUCGAUCCUCCAUAG